CUGAUAGAUACUGCAGAUAGAUGAAACAGAUAGAUACAAAUGCACAGACAGAUAAAUUGCAGCUCAUAUACUCUCUGCUGCACCACUGAAUGAGCCUUCCCUCCUGUGUCCACAUCUAUCCCAUUUGGCAUGUGCUAAGGAUGCUGUCACAAAUGUUGUGAGUUUUAACACACACAGACAAGUGUCUCUAACUCUGCUACAGCCGAGUAAAAUGAAAUAGUCAAGUGACUAAAAUGGACAGUUAGGGCGAUGUUGGAAGCAGACUAACAGCAUCUGACGAGCUCCAGAUGCUUUUUAUUUCGUCAUAAUUUGAAAUAUAACAUUUCCAGGCACUGUAUGCCAUUCAGCUCUUUUCCUCCCAGCUUGAUCUUGCAUUCUUGGAGCCAACCAUUAUGCUAAUGAUCUCAAGGGUGUAGCACUCCUGUUGCUUAGUAACACAAGUUUCAUAAGCUUCAUAAUGCAGAAGGAGCAUUGAAGAGCAGGACCCUGGAGUUGGGGAAGACCUUCUGCCAGUCCUGACUGUGGCAGGCUCACACAGGCUUCUUGAAGAGCUCCAUUUCCAUCAAGGAGGUGCAAUUCAGAACUCACAGCACUGUGGAAAGGAAACUGUCAUGUUUUGUGCUCAUGGGUUUAUUCACAGACUGAAAGACUAAUUCAAAGAAGAGCAGAGAGAGGACAACUGCACAGUAGCAGACUAUGAAUGCUCAGCCCACACUCCUGAGAAAACCUGGGCAGUUUGUGACAUCUGCAGCUCACCCUCUCGGCCUUUGGAGCCACUUAGCUGAGUCUGGUGUGUCUGUCUGCCAGCAGAGAGAUGCCACCCAAGGGGAAAGGUCCACAAGGGAAAAGGAUCACCUUGAAAGUGGCCAAAAAUGCAGUCCGGGUGCUUUUUAAUGGCAGGCGCCGUCUCGAGUUAAGCAAAAUGGGCAUUGCCACCUUCCCCAAGUGCCUCCUGGAGCUGGCUGAUGUGGAGGAAAUCGAUUUGAGCAGAAACAUGAUAAGAAAGAUUCCAAACUUCAUUGAGAAGUUCCAGAAUCUGGUGUGGCUGGACCUGCACAGUAAUCAGAUUGAUGAGCUGCCACCAGAAAUAGGCACACUUAAGAACCUUACUUUCCUGAAUUUAUGCAACAACAAGUUGACCACGAAAGGACUGCCAGAAGAGCUGACCCAACUCAGGAACCUGCGCACUCUCAACCUGGGCUUGAACUGCCUUGAGAGUAUUCCCACCACUCUUGGGUCUCUGAGGGAACUCAUUGAGCUAGGUCUCUUUGACAACUCCUUGACCCUCAUCCCGAAGAGUGUGAAAAAGCUCCCCAAGAUUGAGAGAAUGAAUGUGAAAAGAAACCCUUUACCAGAGUUUGCAAAGGAAGAGGAGCCAAUAGACACCGUUAAACGCGUAGAAUCUCUUUACGUAGUGGAAAAGAAAGACCUGUGCCCCAUCUGCCUGCAGACCUGUCAGGGUGAGAGGAGUGAGCUGCACAGGUUAGAGGACAUGACUCCUGGCUCCUCAGAGAAGCCAACUUUCCCUUUGCUCACUACACCCAAUUCCACUGCAAGGGAUAACCAGGAAGAAUGGAGAAUGAAAGAAGAAGAAGAAAAAGAAGAAGAAGAAAAAGAAGAAGAAAAAGAACAAGAACAAGAAAAUGACAAUCCUUGAAAUAUACCAAGGCACUCUACAGACCAUGCUCCAUGAAGUCCAGUCCAAGCAAAUAAAAAGCUGACCUCCUUCCUGCUCUGUUUUCCUGCAGUUCUGCUUCUUUAAAGAUCAGCUUCGUUCUAGAAGCAGAUCUCUGUGGUCUCCAAAAUGAAAACCAGAACAACUAAACCAGAUACGUCUUUGGAAAAGACUAUUUACAUCUGAGCCUGUCCCUACAACAUGUUCUCCA